CAACGGAGAUUCCAACACCGCCGAGCCUUCAAAUGGUUUAGAGAAUCCCCUAGUACCAAAUACCGAAGUUGAGAAUAACAGAACCAAUGUUGAAGAUUCGAGCAAUGUGGUGAAUCGAAGCAGUAACAUCACCAACUCUCCACCUCCAGGUUAUGAGAAUAUCAUUUUUGAAGCCAUAGAGGAAACUGAGACUCCAGUUGCUAUUGAAACCGAGCAAAUAACAGAAGAGACUAUCCCAGAAGAAGAUGUUGUAAUGACAAUGAAGGAUGCUCCAGUAGUUGAGAAUCAUGUAGUAAUACACGAAUAUCCCAAUGCAGGGAUUGUUUGUGAGCCUCCAUUUGGUGCUCAACUCCCGUAUCAUGUGUAUGUUGGUGGAUUCAGCGUUCCUACUGGGUAUGCCAACAUGUAUGAGAAGUUGUGGAAAAUGUAUGGUCAUAUUGUUGUUGCCAGGGAUCCUGAUCGUAGCUACUUCUUGACAAUGCAAUUGGGAAACAUAUUGCAUGUUAUAGAUGACAUACGAACCAGGGCCAGAAGUACUAUUACUCGAGAUGUACUCUUUGAUUGGGAGUACAACUUGGAGAAUUCUGAGAGACUUGGCUUUAACUUGAAGUGGCUUCGUCUGAAGAUCAACACUAUCAAGGAUGCAGUAGUGAAGAACAUCACUUUUACUAGUAAUAGUGUGAUGGAGAAAAUGACCAAGAUUGCUGAGCUGACCAAAAAGCUGGAGUUGGAGAGAGCGGCUUUGCAAGUUUUGGAGAAUGCUGAGAAGUAGAAAUCAUAC